AUGACAGGAGUUUUGCUGUUUACCUUUUUUCUGAUUUUUGCCAAUUCUCCAGGCUGGGCAAGAGAAAGACAUUAUUACAUUGGCAUUAGGGAAGGGACCUGGAACUAUGCUCCAACUGGUAAAAACAUAAUCAACGGAAAAUUAAUUUCAGAAGAUAACGAACUUCAUUCAUAUGUCUAUCUAGAAAGAGGCCCUACGCGGAUAGGUCGAAUAUAUAAGAAAGCCAUGUAUGUUCAAUAUACGGAUGAAAGUUAUCAAAGGCAUGUGGAAAAGCCAUCCUGGCUGGGGUUUGUGGGUCCUAUUCUGAAGGGAGAGGUUGGAGAUGUAAUUGUUGUGCAUAUGAAAAACUUUGCCUCAAGACCCUACACUAUGCAUCCUCAUGGAGCAACUUACACUAAGGAAAAUGAAGGUGCUCUGUAUCCUGACAAUACCUCUGGGGCACAGAAGAAAGACGAUGGAGUGCCACCUGGACAGAACUAUACUUACAGGUGGUCCAUAACACCAGAGCAAGGGCCUGCGGACGGAGACCAUAAUUGUGUGACCAGAAUUUACCACUCACACUUCGAUACCAUGAAGGAUGUAGCCUCUGGGCUUGUGGGACCCCUGAUAACAUGUAGGAAAGGGAGCCUGAUUGGGGAGACUGAAAAAAAUACUGAUCGCUCAUUUGUUGUACUGUUUAACGUAGUAGAUGAAAAUAAGAGCUGGUAUCUGGAUGAAAAUAUCAACACCUAUUGUUAUGAACCUGACAAGGUUAAUAAAACUGAUCCAGACUUCACAGAGAGCAACAAAAUGUAUUCAAUGAAUGGGUUCAUGUAUGGAAACAUGCCAAUCAUCACCAUGUGUGUGGAAGACAAAGUGCACUGGCAUUUUUUUGGAAUAGGUGGUCUGGAUGAUAGACAUUCCAUCUUUGUUCAUGGACAGACCCUGCUCUAUCUGCGUCACAGAGUGGAUACUUUCAGAGUUUUUGCCGCUUCAAUGCUUGAUGCUCGCAUGGUGGCAAAAAGUGUUGGGGAAUGGUUACUCAGCUGUCAAGUUAACAAGCAUGUGGAUGCUGGCAUGAAAGCCUAUUUCAAGAUAAGUGAUUGUGAAAAGCGCUCAAAUGAUAAUGUUAAUGGGACAAGUGUUAAGCACUACUACAUUGCUGCUGAGGAAGUGUUUUGGAAUUAUGCACCAUCUGGCAUUAACUAUUAUACAGGGAAAAACUUAACAGCUCCUGGGAGUGAAUCAGCACCUUAUUUCAUUCAAGGUCCAAACAGAAUUGGAGGAACUUAUAUGAAGUUGCAAUACCAAGCAUAUACAGAUGAUUCCUUCCUAACAAAGAAAGUGAGAUGUCCUGAAGAAAGACAUCUUGGAAUUUUGGGCCCUGUCAUUAAAACAGAAGUGGGAGACACCAUCUUGGUCACUUUCCUCAACAGAGCUAGCUAUCCCCUCAGCAUUGAGCCUCACUGCGUGAGGUUCUCCAAGAGCAAUGAAGGAUCACGCUACAUGACAUUCAAUGGAAGUGCACCUCCACCUUCUUCAAGUAUACAGCCUGGGGGAAAAUUUACCUAUGAAUGGACUGUUCCAGAAACCGUGGCUCCAACCUCUGCCGAUCCAGUCUGCUUGACCUGCCUGUACUACUCUGCCUUCGACCUGGUUAAAGAAGUCACCAGUGGGCUGACUGGGCCACUUCUAGUGUGUAGGAAGGGCAGUCUUCGUGCAGAUGGUAGCCUGAAAGGUGUAGACAAGGAAUUCUACCUGCUACCUACAACAUAUGAUGAGAACCUAAGCCUGUACUUGGAUGAAAAUAUUAGAAAAUUUGCAGGAAACCCCCGCCAAGUGAAUAAGGAUGAUCCAGGCUUCCAAGAAUCUAACAGAAUGUCCUCCAUAAAUGGAUACAUGUUCGGAAAUCUACCAGGACUUGAUAUGUGCCUAGGUGACAAGAUAUCAUGGCAUGUCCUCAGUGUGGGGUCAGAAGAAGAUAUGCAUGGGAUAUAUUUUUCAGGAAGCACUUUUGUCUCUUUAGGAGGGAGGAAAGACACUAUAAGUGUGAUUCCACAAACUUCCUGGACUCUCUUCAUGACAGCAGAUUCCUCAGGGGAAUUUGAUGUCGUGUGUGUCACAACGGACCACUAUACAGCAGGCAUGAAAAAUAAAUACCGAGUAAAACAAUGCAACCAGCCUUUUAAAGACAACACGAACUAUGAGAAGAACAAGGUUUACUACAUUGCAGCUGUGGAAGUUGAAUGGGAUUAUGCUCCCAGUAGGCAGUGGGAAAGGGAGCUGCGUCAGUCACAAGGAGAAAAUGUGACAGAUAUGUAUUUGGAUAAACUCUAUGGUUGGUAUCUUGGUUCCAAAUACAAGAAAGUUAUUUACGUUCAGUUCACUGAUAGCUCCUUCAAGACUCCAAAACCAAGAACAGAAGAAAAUAAACAUCUGGAUAUCCUAGGCCCACUAAUUCAGGUAAACAUUAGGGAUACAGUUACAAUUGUCUUUAAAAACACAGCCAACAGGUCUUAUUCCAUACAUGCUCAUGGAGUGAAAACAGAUUAUUCUACUGUUACUCCAACAAAACCAGGGGAAAUAAGAACAUAUAGGUGGAAAAUCCCUGAAAGAUCUGGGCCUACCAAAAAUGGCUCUGUUUGCAUACCCUGGGUUUACUACUCAACUGUGAAUCCAGUUAAGGAUUUCUACAGUGGAUUAAUUGGAACUUUGAUAGUAUGUCGCCAAAACGCCACCAAGAACUCUGCUGCUAGCCAUGUUCUUAACCUAGUUCUUUCUUUUAUUAUUUUUAAUGAGAAUGAAUCCUGGUACUUUGAUGAAAACAUCAAAAAGUAUUCUCCACAUCCAGAGGAAGUAAAAAAAGAAGAUCCGGAAUUUAUUUUAAGCAACCAAAUGCAUGCAAUUAAUGGAAGACUUUAUGGAAACAACCAAGGUCUGAUUAUGCAUGUUGGAGAUACAGUGAACUGGUAUUUGAUUGGCUUGGGGAGUAAUAUAGAUGUCCACACAGCUCACUUCCAUGGCCACAGCUUCAGAUAUAAGGAUGCUGGAUUUUUUCGCUCAGAUGUUUACGACCUUGUUCCUGGAACAUUCAAAACUGUUCAAAUGUAUCCAAAAAAUGUCGGGACUUGGUUAUUUCACUGUCAUCUUAGUGAACACAUUGGUGCUGGAAUGGAAAGCACCUACACUGUUUUACCGAGAGAAGAACAAAAGACUUCAUGAAGAGAUUUUGAUGAGCCUACAUCAAUGUUACUAGCA